AAAAAUGGAUAAAAUUCUCCAUUAUAACGAGCAUAUAUUAUAAAUUCGCAUCAUUCAAAAAAUCCUUUAUCAUGAGCUCUUCCAGUUUCUGCAUCACAUAGCAUUUAAAGGCGGUUAAAAUUAAUGAAGGUGUGUGUCGAAUACUCCGAAAGUAUUGCAUUUUUGGAGAAUCCGACAUGGGUGCGACAACUUUUUUGAAGAGACCGAGCAACAUAGAAUAUAGAAGCAUCUUGAUGGAGGAGGAUUGGAUUUAUGGGAAUUGCUGAUUAGCUUCUCCAUUCUUCUGGUUCAGUUACCCAUAUUGGUAUAAGAGAUUUCUUGUUAUGACUAAGUGGAAAGUUGACAAUAUUGGUGAUUUCUAAGAGAAGAAGUAUGAGUUGCAGUUGCAUUAUUUGAUAUGUUGCAGAAAUAUCCCAACAGUUGGGCGUUUGCUUUCAAUAAAGAGUAUAAAAGUUUCAAGCUGUCAUAAACAGAUAUAACAUAGAAAUUUGUUGAAUCACAAGAAUGAAGUUUGGUAAGAAAUUCAAAAGGGAAAUGGUCCCAGAGUGGAUAGAAGCUUAUGUGGACUACAAUGGACUCAAACAAAUAUUACAGGAGAUCCGUCAUUUCAAGGAAAGCAAGCAGCCUUCAACGCCUGCAAAAACUUUAGAGAAGAGGUUGGCAUUAUAUCGGAACUUUAGUGGUCUAAAUCUACAAGGAAAUGUUCAGAAUACUGGUGAUAUUGAGGACCAGGUGAUAGCAGUGAACACGGUGCAACACGAGAACUACAGAAAAUUUUACAAAACCAAGUUCCUGGCAUCUCCUGAAGGAGCAGAAAAUGAAAUCAUGUUCUUUGACACACUAGACCAUGAAUUCAACAAGGUAAAUACCUUCUAUAAGGACAAGGUGGAUGAAGUCAUGAGGGAAGUAACUUUGCUGAAUAAACAGAUGGAUGCUUUGAUUGCAUUACGUAUCAAGGUAAUGGAUCCGGGUUUCAAUGCAUUUCCUUCACUUCAAAGUCUUUCCUUGGACAUUAACAAUUCAACACCUUCGAGAAUUACAUCUCCUCUCAGAAUGACGAUUGUAGAUACAGAUGGUAUGCCUGUCGGCCAAAGUGUUGACCCCACUCAUGGAAGACAGGGUUCUACGACUAAUGCUUCAUAUCCCAAGCUUCCCAUCAACCGCAAUAUUUUAAGAGAGAACGGAGAGACUGAUUCACAAAAAGCAGAUCCUCUUGAAAUCCUACAUCACGUUAAGAUUGUUAAUACAUUUGAAAGUCCCAUAUCAACUAUAAGAGGUGUAUUGAGCGAAUCCAAGGAGAAUGACUUGAGUUAUAAGAAAGAGGAACUAAAGAAGGUUGAACAUAGGCUGAAGCUUGUUUUCAUUGAGUUUUAUCAAAAGCUUGGCCAUCUAAAACACUUCAGCUAUAUGAACCUGUCUGCAUUCUCCAAGAUCCUCAAAAAAUAUGAAAAGAUUACAUCUAGAAAAGCAGCAAGAUCAUACUUGAAAAUGGUGGAUAACUCUUAUCUUGGGAGCUCUGAGGAGGUUACCAGCCUUCUGGACAGGGUGGAAACCACCUUCAUCAAGCAUUUUUCACAGUCGAACCGCAGAGAAGGCAUGAAGAUAUUGCGGCCAAAGCAUAAAAGAGAAAAACAUCGUAUAACAUUCAUGACAGGUUUCUUUUCUGGUUGCUCAAUUGCUCUACUAGUUGCUGUUAUUCUAUUAAGAGAUGACAGAAAGUUGAUUGAUAAAGAUGAAGGCACCUCUUAUUUGGACAAGAUAGUGCCACUUUACAGUUUUUAUGCAUACAUUGUGUUGCAUAUGCUUUUAUAUGCUGCAAACAUAUAUUUCUGGAGGCACUACAAAAUCAACUAUGCAUUUAUCUUUGGUUUCAAGCAAGGGACCGAGUUAAGCUAUAGGGAAGUCUUUCUUCUUAGCAAUGGUCUUGCAAUGCUCGUCCUUGCCGCUCUACUGAUGCAUCUGCACAUGAAUUCAAGAGCUGAAGUAUAUGGAACACGUAUUGAAUAUCUUCCUCUGGGAUUGAUAAUGGCUCUUCUUGUCAUUACUUUCUGCCCGUUUAACAUCAUUUAUCGCUCAAGUCGUUUGUUCCUUAUAAGAUGUGUCUUCCGCUGUAUCUGUGCUCCUCUUUACAAGGUUACUCUUCCAGAUUUCUUUCUAGCAGACCAGAUGACUAGCCAGGUUGAAGCAAUAAGAAGUUUGGAGUACUACAUUUGCUAUUAUACUUGGAUUAAAUCUUCACAUGGACAUAAUAUGUGCGAAAGUCACAACAUCUACAACAUCUUUUACUUCAUUCUAGCAAUCAUACCGUAUUGGUUUCGGUUUUUCCAGUGUGUCCGUCGACUUUGUGAAGAAAAGGAUCAAGCACAAGCACUCAAUGGCUUGAGAUACUUUUUGACUAUUCUGGCUCUCGUUAUUAAAACAGCUUAUGGACUGAGAAAGGGUUCGACUUUGGAGGUGUUGGUUAUACUUAGCUCACUUAUCACAACUUUUUUCAACACAUACUGGGAUAUAGUUGUAGAUUGGGGGCUGUUGAGAAGAAAGUCCAAGAACAAGUUCUUGCGGGAUAAGCUCAUACUGCACCAUAAAAGUGUAUACUUCAUAGCCAUGGUCUUGGAUGUUUUGCUUAGAUUUGCUUGGCUACAACUGGUAUUAAAGUUUAACGUACACUCUUUGCAAGGAAGUACUGUCUCAAGUAUUUUUGCUUGCUUAGAAGUAAUUCGACGUGGCAUGUGGAAUUUUUUCAGGUUGGAAAAUGAACACCUGAAUAAUGUGGGGAAAUAUCGGGCAUUCAAGUCAGUACCACUGCCUUUCGCUUACCAUGAAGACGACGAGCACAAAGAAGAAUAAAGCUGAACAUUAUCCAUUCACCCCAUUACCGUAUCAGACUGCUAGCAAAUGUCAAAUGUUGCCUGAUAUCACAACAUUUGACAUCUAAGCUCAAGAAGUUCUUACAUUCUGGGCUUAAAGGUGAACGCGAAGAGUAGAAAGUGUGAAAAAGAAGUUAACACUCAGAAAUAAAAAACCAGGCAGAUUACAGAAGAUGCAGAUUUCUUUUUAGAGUGUUGUAUUGGAUUUGUCCCUUGAACAAGGCAAGAUAUGCAGUGACAAGGAGGGAGAGGAAGGAUGCAAAAGGGCCAAUUUUGAAAACUGUUAAUUGUAUACCAGAAAAAAGAUAUAGACUUUAAAAAAAUUGCAUAAAUGUAUAUUGUUCAAGUUGAAUAAAGUGAAAGCAAUUACGUGUUGUCCUGGCA